GAAGUGGAGUCGCGCUGUCAGUGUGCGUGGUGGCUUCAGUUCAGUUCGGUACUUGGUGGGCAUUGCGUGCUCUCCACAGUAGACAGAUAUGACGAAGCCAACAAACAAAUGAACUCUCACGGGUAUAAAUAAGGUUUCGACGUCUGGAGGCAGUGAGCGGGACAUUCUUUCCCUUGGCUGUGGUCUGACCACAUCACCCAUCACAUUUUCCCAGUUUGGGAAACAGUUGUUUAUUCCAGCCACCGCAAAAACAAAGCAAUCAUGAGCACGCAUGAUUCAGAUGUGCACACCAUCUCUCCGGAGCUGCCAGCGAUGUUCGAUGGCAUGAAGUUGGCGGCAGUGGCGACGGUCCUCUAUGUCAUUGUGCGCUGCCUAAACCUCAAGAGCCCCACUGCACCCCCAGACCUCACCUAUCAAGAUACACCCCUCAACCACUUCCUGCUCAAGUCCUGUUCUCAGCUGACCAAAGAGUACAUUCCCCCAUUGCUGUGGGGGAAGAGUGGUCACCUCCAGACGGCCUUAUAUGGGAAACUUGGUCGGGUGAGCGCACCCCAUCCCAGUGGGAUCAGGAAGUACUUACCCAUGCAGGACGGGGCCACUGCAACUUUUGACCUCUUUGAACCAGUGGGGGACCAUCGAACAGGAGAUGACAUCACCAUGGUGAUAUGCCCUGGUAUAGGAAACCACAGUGAGAAGCAUUAUAUCCGAACCUUUGUGGAUUACGCCCAGAAGGACGGCUACCGCUGUGCUGUGCUGAACCACCUCGGAGCUCUACCCAACAUCGAACUCACUUCGCCACGCAUGUUUACCUAUGGGUGCACAUGGGAGUUUGGCGCCAUGGUUGGGUACAUUAAGCGGGCGUAUCCUGAAACCCAGUUAAUAGUGGUUGGCUUCAGUCUAGGUGGAAACAUUGUCUGCAAGUUCCUGGGUGAGAACAUGUCCAACCAAGAGCGAGUGCUAUGCUGUGUCAGCGUCUGCCAAGGUUACAGUGCUCUCAGGGCCCAGGAAACAUUCCUACAGUGGGAUCAGUUCAGGCGUUUCUAUAAUUUUCUUAUGGCUGACAACAUGAAGAAAAUAAUCCUCUCACACAGGCACAGUCUAUUUGGGGGAAACUCGGUAAAAAUGAUAGCUGGAGAUCUUGGUCGGCUAUACACGGCAACGUCCCUCAUGCAGAUCGACGACAACAUAAUGAGGAAAUUCCAUGGCCACAGCUCUCUCAAAGAGUAUUAUGAGAAAGAAAGUUGUGUACAUUUUAUUCACAAUGUAAAUGUACCACUGCUGCUUGUGAACGCUGCGGAUGAUCCUCUGGUUCAUGAUUCUCUGCUCAAAAUUCCCCGCACAUUGGCAGAGAAGAAGCCAAACGUCAUCUUUGCCUUGACACUACACGGCGGCCACCUAGGCUUCUUCAAGGGCGCUGUGCUCUUCCCCAAGCCCCUCACCUGGAUGGACAAAGUGAUUGUGGGCUACGCCAACGCAAUAUGCCAGUGGCAGAAACAGAAACCGCCGUGCCAAAGCGACCACCUGAGUGAGAGUUCCUGCACUAAGGAAAAAGCCUAAAACCUGUCUCUCGAUCUCUUUUUCCUCACUUCCUGACCGUGAACCACACAAGACUCGUCUGUCCCAGCACUGAGGAGCCACGUGGAAGUCCUCCCGCUCUCCUCUGCCUUCUUCUUUGGUGCGGCUCACUGCUGCAGACCUCUGCGCCCGCCACACGUCCCCAUGCCUUCAGCAACCGUCGCAGGAACAAGCAACUGUUCAGAGCAGGAACACAUUGUUUCGUGACGUGUGCUCAAUGGUGACCUUUUGAGAAUGAAGGCAUUGACCAAAUAUGAUAUGAUGUGGACCACAAAAGUGAGCCCAUCUGAGUAGUGUAGUGCUGCGCUUGGUGCCCAUUCCUGAUCACAGCUUAUCACCGCCCAUACUGCCUCAAUGCAGCGUCUUUGUACUAUCCAUGUCAUUCCUAAAUAUAGUGGCUGCGUCUGUGUGUAGAGUUGAAGACUGGGGACGGCUUGUAACACUAUGAUUGGUAGGCCCGAUCUGCUGUAGUUUGUAGAAAUAUAGCGAAGUUAAAACAAUUCAACAAGAUCUGGGUAGGAUUUUCCACUCAGCUCAACCCCCAUGGCACUUUGUUUAUGCGCGGAACUUGAAGAGGAAGAAAGUAGAAGUGCUCGUGAGCAGGGAUCAACACCCAAAUUGGAUCCAUGCACAUUCCCCCAUUUACAUUCUAAUACUCUGAUUCUGUGCACUUUAUAGCUCCACCCCUCCCAUCACGUUUUAUUUAUUUAUUUUUUGCUCUCUGGUAGUGAGAGCAAACAUUGGGUGAAAUUCCAAUGUUCCCCGUGUUGUCUGUUGUUGGGGUCAUCUCAACCUAAUUCUCUUCCGUUCGCCUUUGACCAGCUGCAGCUUCAGUCGAGACGCUAACCUACUGCCAGUGCUCAGAGGCCGGAGCCAACACGUCGCUCAGUGGUCAAAUACAGUAAACCAAAACGUUGGUGUGAUUUUGUACCAUUAAAGGGACAGUUCGGCAUUGGGAAGCACACUCACUCACGAGCUUGGUUAAAAUGAUCUCAGCUGUGAGGUAGGACUAGUUGAAGGGCCAAGUUACUAAAGGAUGAAACGCGUUUAGUUUUGUGGACUGUUUGAACAAUACUGGUGAUUGUCAUGUUAUAUUAUUAGCAAGUGAACGAUGCACGUAUGAGUGGCAGAUACUGUAUGUAAGGAAGGGAGUGUCAAAAUCUUUGGUGUUCAGUGCUGGAGUGCAGCUACUAGAACAAAACAAAACCAAAAUGCAGUAAACUGCUCAAAUGUGACUGAUCUUGACCGACUUACUUAAACGGUAAUUAUUAGAGAUCUGAUUGCAAAAUUAAGGACGUUCUCCCAAAGCGAAGUAACACCUUUCACUCUUUAUUUCCAAUAGUGUGAUGAGACAGAUGAGUUUAUUUGAAAAUGAAAAUGCAACAAGAGAUUACAACUGUUUAUGUUGAAAGAACCAGCACCUAUCGGAUAAAACCUGAUUGAAAUCUCACAUAAGGGGUCAGACGUUUGUAUGUUCACCACCAUACUCUAAAGCAGUUUUUUUAAAACUUUUUUUUUUUUUUUUUUCUUACAACGUUAGAAAAAAGUACACAAUAGAAUGCACAAUUUACGCAAUAGCUUGUAUGUACCCGUUUGUCAGUACAGGGCUGGCUGAUGGUGUCCAGCACCUUCAGCAACAAACAAAUAGUCUUCACUCUUCACCCCAGCUUCCGUUUCUCAGUCAGGCAAAUAUGAUCCCAGUGUUUGCAUCCAUCCCAAAUGUUUCUUUUUCUUCUUUCCAGUUGUUUUUCCAUUCAGAUUUGAUGAGGUUUCAAUGCAGUACAAAGUGGCGGUGUCUUUGUUGCAGAAUUUGGUUGUAACAUUGACAAAGAAACUAAAUAGAACCAUGAGAGAUCUAUUUCUUAUAGACAUCAUGGCAUUUACACAAACGUCACUGUAACCACAACACAACCAGUGUGACGCCAUCGGUUGAUUUGUUUGUUGAAACCAGCCAGUACAUCAUAAAUGAGAUUGUUUUUUUUUUAACAUCAACCAACUUUACAAGUGUUUUUUUUUUUUUUGUGUAAAUGAUUCUUGUGGAUGUAUUAUGUAAGAUGUCUUGUUUUCCAAAUACCUGUACAUCUUUUUGUGUUGGUGAAUGAGACAUACUUUCCGAAAUCAUCACCUUGACAACAACCAAAAUAAUUGACUUCCCCGAAUAAUAGUUUAAGAAGUAUUUUAAAAAUAUUUAUUUAUUUUGAAAUAUUUAAGAUGGGGUAGAAAAAAAACUAAAGGCGAGAAUCCAUCAGAAGAGAUUUACAACCCCAAUUCCAAUGAAGUUGGGACCUUGUGUUAGACAAAUAAAAAGAGAAUACAAUGAUUUGCAAAGCAUGUUCUACUUAUAUUUAAUUGAAUACACUACAAAGACAAGAUAUUUAAUAUUCAAACUGAUAAUGAUUAUUUGCUAAAAACAAUCAAGUUUAACUUAGAAUUUUAUGGUUUCAACACGUUCCAAAAAAACUGGUUCAGAGAAUCUGGAGAAAUCACUGCAUGUAAGCGGAAACCAGGCCGAAAACCAACAUUGAAUGUCCGUGACCUUCGAUCCCUCAUGCGGCACCGCAUCAAAAACCGACAAUGUGUAAAGGAUAUCACCACAUAUCACUCAGCAACACUUCAGAAAACCAUCCAUCCAUUUUGUGAGCCGCUUCUCCUCACUAGGGUCGCGGGCGUGCUGGAGCCUAUCCCAGCUGUCAUCGGGCAGGAGGCGGGGUACACCCUGAACUGGUUGCCAGCCAAUCGCAGGGCACAUACACACAAACAACCAUUCGCACUCACGUUCACACCUACGGGCAAUUUAGAGUUGUCAAUUAACCUACCAUGCAUGUUUUGGGGAUGUGCGAGGAAACCGGAGUACCCGAAGAAAACCCACGCAGGCACGGGGAGAACAUGCAAACUCCACACAGGCGGGUCCGUGGAUUGAACCCCGGUCCUCAGAACUGUGAGGCAGACGCUCUAACCAGUCGCCUACCGUGCCGCCCACUUCAGAAAACCAAUGUCAGUAAAUAUAGUUUGGCGCUACAUCCGUAAGUGUAACUUGAAACUAUAAGCCAUAAAGUUCCAUGUUAAUGAUUAUUUUCUAAAAACAAUCAAGUUUAUCAGUUUGAACAUUAAAUAUCUUGUCUUUGUAGUGUAUUCAAAUAAAUAUCGGUUGAACAUGAUUUGCAAAUCAUUAUCUUGAACACAACAUCCCAACUUCAUUGGAAUUGGGAUUGUAUGAAUAUCAGUGUAAUGUAAAUAUGACACCAUGGUGGAGGACCUGAAAUCUGUAAGAGAAAAUGAAUUUAUCUGUACCCAGUCCAUCUAAAAUCUAUUUUUAUUUUUUAUUUUUCCCCAGGAGAACUGAAUGAUUGAAUAGUAGAAUCCAAAAACACCCAUCAGGUUAGAGUCAAUCUUGCUCAGCGUGUGGCUGAGAGUCCACAGGAACAAUGUUAAGCCACAGUAAAUAUGCAGCUUUAAUUUUGUUUGCAUUUUUUUAAGAUGAAAUACCAAGAAGGGAUGUCAGGAUGACAAGAACGGUGCACAUACUAUUUCUCAUUUUGGACAAUGAGUAUUUUUUAUUUCCUUGUUUUCUUUUUCAAGAGUCAUUAUAUAAGCAAUUAUUGUUAUUAUAUUGUGAAAUAAAUUUUGUCGCCAGAA